GAGCUUCCUCUUGGCAGCACUACAAAGAGCAGACAGUAAAUAGUUGACGUCCUAUGUGUCUAGUGCAGUGGCUGAAAGAACUCGUCAAUACAAUGGCCUAGGCGCUAAAACUAAAUCCAGUGCUUUAUAUAGGAUUCUCAAUGAAUGUAGCCACACAUUGUAGCAGAGCCGCCACAAAGAAUUAGCACAAUGCCUUAUGAUCCUUGUGAUAGCAUAAUUUGUGAAGUAGUGCUAAAACGAUACGAAGCAUGCCAGCGAACUUUACAAGAACUAGCACAAUAUGCUCAGCCGCUGAUCUGGAUAGGUUUCUAUAUUGCAAUUGCAUCUCUGAUCUGCUUUCUGGCAGUGGUGGCCGAUAUUUUCCAUGGUUUCCGUCACAAGAAGCUCUGGUUUCCUACCAAAUACUCUGCCCUGAAUGCUGCUUCACUAACAGUGUUAGGAGUGGCAUUGAAGCUGUCUGCAGACUUGAAUAAUCCAAUGCCUGGCAGUUCUGAUCAGCUAACAAAGCUGAGUGGUAAUGGUUUUCCUGUGUACCUCAAUGUGCGUGUUCUUGCUUUCUUUAGGGCCAUUGAAUAAUAUUGAAACUUGGACGAACCUAGCUGCAUUAGGUAUCCUGGUCAUCACCACUUUCAUGGAUAUCUGCAUCCAAUUAGGAACCGAGUACUCUGAACUACACAGCUCGAUUUUAAGUGAAUCAGAAGAAAGCAGGAAGCUUACAGCCGAGGUGCUGAAAAUACUGGAUGAUGGCUGAAACUGGGGUCCCCAAUUUGUGAUUGCUCGCUCUGUGACCUGCUUUGCUUCAGGGGUAAUCUCUUUUUCCUAGGCUGCCAUCCUAACUGAAGCAGUUGUUAGAACAUAUCUACAUGUUUGGGAGAUAGUUGGCAAUGGUAGUUAUACUGAUUAUAGAGAUGCCAUCUAUAUUAUAUGCAUUAUUCAGUCUCUUGGGGUGAUUAUGGCAACUUUUAUCUCGGUAAACCAAUGGUUUACCAUAACAAAAUUCAAGUGGUUAGCGGAAGGCAACGACAUAUGCUGGUACAGUUUGAGAAUACCAAAUUUCUGGAUACAGAGACUAGAAGAAUGGGAGGAAAGUCCUUUAUCCGUUCAAGUUCGUGGACGGAAGCGCAAGAAAUUCGCUCAACGAGCAAAGAUUCUUGUUCUUAACAUCUGUAUUGCAGUCCAGAAAGGUAUCAUAGUAGUAAGCAAAAGCUUGCAAACCUCUUCUAUCUUGUGUGCAAGUUUUGUAUUGUCAUUUCUUAACUGCUGCAAGAGACAACUUAACCCGAGUUCUGCUGCGUCAAACAAUCAGAACGGAUCAGUUCCAGCGUCUAGAAGUGACCCAGAUCUUGGCCCUUAUAUUUUUUUGCUUGAAGAUGAGCCAAAAUUGCCCAACAGAGUCCUGGAUAAAAUAUCUUCCGGUGUUAAUCAAUUCAUUCUGACUGGUAAAAGGAAACAACCCAAAAGUUUAGCUCAGCUUCUCAUGAAAUCUACAGGCCUCAAGGGGUUGAUAGAGUUUGACAAGGACCAAAUUCUCAACUUGAAUGCAAAAGAGCCGCCUAAUUCCUGGACAUUGCCUUUAAUCACAUUAACAAGCAUUGCAAUUGCACUUCCCAACAACGAAGCUGACCUUGCAGCCGAAUUGCAACGAUCUGUGAGGGAAGGUCUCUUGUAUGCUGAGAAAAGCCCGGGCACACGUGAGAAACUAACAAAUUUCAGAAAUGCAGCAGAUGCUGUAUGGGUAGGAGUUGAACUUCACUUCAAGGGGCUGAACGUGGAUCUCCUACAAGUUACAAAUGACUCGAAAAAAUCAUGAAUCCUUUGAUGCACUUUAUUGCUUAUCCGAUGUUGCAGAACACACUUUCAAAGAGUUCAAAAGAAAAUAUAAUGGCAGCCUGAUGAAGAAUCCUCUUAACUGGCCUUUCAAGUUAAUUGCUGCUAACUCAAUGGACAGAAUCAGCCAAACCAUUUCACUGGGCUUCAGAUAAGACAGUCCGCCUUCAGAUGUGAAGGUGUUUGACCAAAUAUCCAUCAUGAUUGCAGACAUUUUGGCUGCUUGCCUCACCAAUUUACCACGAGUGAUAAACUGUGAAGUGUUAGGCCAGCACGAUUAAGGAAAGGGAGGCGAGCGUGCGUGAUGCAGCUCUUCUUCUAGGUGAAACUGAAGGUAUUAUAAAAAUUCUUGAUGGACGUGACUUUCCAACUCUGGAUCCUAGUCAAGCCGCAUAUAUUGAUGAGUGGCGCCAUUGCAAUCGAGCCAGAAAAUGUAUCAUCUUAACCUCGGAUAGAUGAAGCACGCUUCAUUUCUCUUAGUAUAGUACCCCAUUGCCUUGAU